UGUCCAAAGAGCACAAGGAGAGAAAGAGAAAGGAUGCUGUCUCUUUAAGAGUAUUUUUAGGCUGAUAGUUGAUGAUGGUCAGUGGUGGGGAAAAUCAGAGUUAGUGGCGGCAGCGCAGUGGCACUCUGAACAUGGAUGACAUUGAAAGAUUCUGAUGUACUGUGGAUUUAACAGCUUUUUAAGAGGAAUUCACACAGACUAACACAAUCACUGGAUUCUGGUUUCUUGCAUGCAUUUAAUCUUAAUUGAUUUGGAGCUAUUAUUAGGGACACUGGAGGUAGAUGUGAGGGAUAACUUCAACUGGUGAGAGAAACCCACCUCUGGGCUCCCCAUCCCAGUCUUCUCCUACACCAGUGCCCUAUUCCCCACAGCCAACAUGUUUUCCUCCAACUUUCUGAGCGGGGGGAAUCCUCUAAGUGCAAUGUCCUCUGCUGUGAACAAGUUUGGUCUUUUUGGGGAUGAGACCAGUGAGGAAAAACAACAACAGCAGCCUCCAGGAUCCUCAAAGCAGAAGGAUCACCAACAGCAGGGGAACGGCCAACCAGCCUCGCAGGGACCUCAGAGACAAAGUGGACCUCAGCCACAGGGUAUGGGAAGGGGAGGCCAAGGAGUUGGACGGGGAGGCUCUCAACCACAAGGAGCUGGAAGGGGUGGAUCUCAACCACAAGCAGCUGGACAGGGUGGAUCCCAACCACAAGGAGCUGGACGAGGUGGAUCCCAUCCACAAGGAGCUGGACGGGGUGGAUCCCAACCUCAAGGAGCUGGACGGGGUGGAUCUCAACCUCAAGGAGCUGGACGGGGUGGAUUCCAACCUCAAGCAGCUGGACGGGGUGGCUCUCCUGUACUGCAAGGGGCUGGUAGAGGAGGUCUUUCCCAGCAGGGAGCGGGUAGGGGUGGAUUGCAACAUGGAACAGGUGGGGGUGAAUCUCCUAAGCACGGUGUUGGGAAGGGUGGACCAAGAGGACCUGGGUCAAGGCCUCCUUCAACAGAGCCUCAGGAGAAAAGUGGAUCUGGAGCUGGGGUUAAAACCCUCUGUCCAGUCUGUAAAAACACAGAACUCAAUCUUAAAUCCAAGGAUUCACUCAACCAUAAUACCUGCACACAAUGUAAAUCAGAGGUCUGCAACAUGUGUGGGUUUAGUCCUCCAGAUGCAACUGCUAAGGAGUGGCUUUGCCUGAAUUGCCAGAUGCAGAGAGCUCUGGGAGGGGCAGAGAGCAGUGGACCUCCUACACUAAAAGCCCAAUCACAGCCCAAGGACAAUGUACCAUCACAGAACCUUGCAAAGAAAGACACACCUCACAGUAAGCAGAUGCCUCCAUCUGCCAGUCCGCCAACAAAACCAACACAAAGUCAGAAACAAUCAAGCCAGUCCAGCACAAGUGCAGCUCAUACAUCGCAGCAAACAACACAACAAAAACCUCCUACAAAGCAAACAACACAAGGUGCUCCUCCUGCCAAAAGUGAGCCACCAUCAAAGACUGAUCCUCCUAAAAAAGAAGAAGAGUCCAGUUUCUUUGGUUUCGGUUUUGGUGGCACUCGAUCCCGCUCUCCUUCUCCACAGCCUGGUGCCUCUUCUGUUUCUGGGAAGGUUUUAGGAUUUGGUUCUUCAUUCCUUAGCUCUGCAUCAAACCUGAUUUCAGCUACCCAAGAUGAAAACUCAACCACACCCCCGACCUCUCGAAAGGGAUCUACCAUUUCCCAAACCUCUGCCAAGAUCACAACACCCCCUUCAUCAAGAAAAGGCUCAGAGGCCUCUAAGGGAUCCCCCAAUCUUUCCAAGUCACUGAUGCAAGAGGGAAAAACACAACAACAACAAAAUAAACCUCAAGACACUCAAAAACCAACAACAAUUACGGAAUCCCCAUCUGCUCAGGCUACUAAAGUGGAUCAAAGCCCAAAACUUCCUCCCAAAUCCUGUCCACUCUGCAAGGCACUCCUAAGAAAAGAUCCUCUUAACUAUAGUACCUGCACUGAAUGCAAGACCAUUGUGUGUAAUCAGUGUGGAUUUAAUCCUGUGCCUCAUCAGACGGAGGCAAAGGAGUGGCUUUGCUUAAACUGCCAGACACAGAGAGCACUGAAAGGAAUAGAGCCUCCAGGACAACCCACUAUAAAAUCCAAAACACAGCCCAGCAAAUCUAAUAAGAUGGAUUCUACACUUGGCCCUUUAGAAAAACAGUCCUCAACUCUGCCAACAAUGGCUAGUCCUGCCAACCAACCUGCUGCUCAUAAAAAGGAGAUGCAUGAACAACAGACUAGUGCAGUUGGAGCAAAGCAAGCUCCUUCCACUAAGCCUGUACAACAGCAGACAGUAAAAAAUGCCUCCUCCCCUUCUGUUUCUAAAGCAUCACCAAAGGCUGAGGCUGAACAAGAACAGUCAGGAUUUUUUGGCUUGGGCUUUGGUGGAGCACGGUCACGGUCACCAUCUCCUCAGCCUGCGGUUUCUGCCAUGUCUGGUAAGGUCUUGGGAUUUGGUUCCUCCUUUCUGAACUCAGCAUCUAAUCUCAUUUCAUCAGCAGUUCAAGAUGAACCUUCUACAACUAAUUCCCAAGCUACUUCAGUCUCACAAAUUUCCCUCAAAACCAACACUCCACCAAUGCCUCGAAAAGGGUCUACAACGUCAAAUGAAAAUCAAUCAGUUGGUCAGAAAGAAGAUAAAAAGAUAGAGUUAACUGCUGACCUAAAUAAUAAAGCACCAAUAUCUCAACCUAAAAAAGGUGAACCUUCUUUAUUGAUGCCAAAAGCAGACAAAAACCCUCAACCCUUGCCCAAAUCCUGUCCACUUUGCAAGGUAGAAAUCAAAAAGGACCUUGCCAACUACCAGAUCUGUACUGAAUGCAAAACUACAGUGUGUAAUCUUUGUGGAUUCAACCCAACACCCCAUCAAACAGAGUUGAAAGAGUGGCUAUGUUUAAACUGUCAGACUCAAAGAGCUCUCAAAGGAAUGGAACCACCAGGACCUCCAAAAUUGGAGUCUGCAGCACAGGCUAAAAAACAGCCUGCCAGUAAACCAUUGGUUUCACCCUUGAUUCAAAAGGAAGGUGCAUCUGAAUUAGACAAGUUAGGCAAGAAAAUUGGCCCUCCUCAGAAAUUACAAGACCAACAAUCCAAGGCUCCAAAUGGUGCUCUGCCAAUCCAAAAGGCCCAACAACAAGAACAUGAAGCCAAAUCUGAAGUCUCUGCCAAGUCUGCCAAGGAAGAAUCUGGAUUUUUUGGUUUCGGUGGUGCAAGGUCAAGAUCUCCAUCUCCUCAACCUGCUGUGUCUGCUGUUUCUGGGAAGGUUCUUGGUUUUGGCUCAUCCUUUUUAAGCUCAGCAUCCAAUUUAAUAUCUACAGCUGUGCUAGAUGAGACAUCUACAACACCACCAACCUCCCGCAAAGCUUCAACAGUUUCCCAGGGCUCAACACCAACCACUUCUCGGAAGAGUUCUGCUGUUCCACAGAUGUCAAACACCGGGGACACAACACAAACAACUGCAGAAAAACAAGAGACAUAUCAACAAGCCAGCAAAUCUUCUAUGAACAAAACAGCUGAUAAAUCAUUACCUACCAAAGUGGACAAAACACCCCUGCCCCUCCCCAAGAGCUGCCCACUUUGCAAGGCAGAUAUUACAAGUGUUCCUCCUAACUUCAGCAGCUGCACUGAUUGCAAAACUAUUGUCUGUAACCGUUGUGGAUUUAACCCUAUGCCUCAUGAAAAAGAGGUAAAGGAGUGGCUUUGUUUGAGUUGCCAGAUAAAGAGAGCAUCUGAACCUUCAAGUCUAGAUCCUAAGUUGCAGUCUAAACUUGGCUUACAACAAGAUAAAAGAGUUCAACAUCAGCCUCCUCCACAAAAUGUUCUAAAUGAAAAAUCCCCUGCACAGAAAGAGAGCAUAAAACCUCAACAGCCAAAAGAUGCCAGUGUUUCAGCUAAAUCUGAAAUUACAACACAAUCAGAUUCCUCGAAAACAGAUACUGGUUUCUUUGGUUUUGGUUUUGGUGGUGUUCGAUCUCGAUCACCAUCUCCUCAACCUGUUGUGUCAGAGAAGGUACUGGGCUUUGGUUCCUCCUUUCUCAGCUCAGCAUCUAAUCUCAUAUCUUCAGUAGUUCAGGAUGAAUCCUCCACAACACCACCAACACCUCGUAAAGGUUCAACCGUUUCCCAGAGCUCUGUGAAGUCUACAACACCACCCACCUCUCGUAAAGAUUCACUAACAGUAGCAGCUACAUCCCGCAAGGGAUCUACAGCAUCCCAGGACUCCGUAAAAACACAGCCUGGGGAAACUAAAAUUCUUUCUCAAAAGCUAAUGGAAGACAAAAAGUCCUUGCAAGAUCAAAUUUUAAAAGCACCGUCUACAUCUCCAUCAAAGCCUCAAUCAGCUGUUAAGUCCUCUCAGCUUCUUGUUAAAAAUUGCCCACUUUGCAAAGUGGAGCUCAAGAAAGAUCCUCCCAACUUUAACACCUGCACUGAAUGCAAGAGCAUUGUAUGUAACCUCUGUGGGUUUAAUCCCAUGCCCCACCAGACUGAGGCAAAUGAGUGGCUUUGCUUGACCUGUCAGGUACAGCGAGCAUCAGUGCCCAAAGAUCAAGCGAAGAUAACAACCCCAGUGCCAAAGAAAGAGAAAGAUCUUCCAGAAUCUUUGCAGAAGAAACAACACACAAAGGAAGCCACAAAUGCUGGUCACAAAUCACCAGUAGCAGGGGGUAAGGAGCCCACUGCUGACUUACCACAACAGGUCAGACAACCUAAGACCCAACAGCAGAUGAAAUCGGACAAGCCUCUAGAAAAUCAAUCUGAACUACCACCAAAGACUGAACCUCAUCAAGAGGGUUCUGGAUUUUUUGGUUUUGGCUUUGGUGGGGCUCGGUCAAGGUCACCUUCACCUCAGCCUGCUGUGUCUGGGAAAGUUUUGGGCUUUGGUUCCUCCUUUCUUAGCACAGCCUCUAAUCUGAUAUCAUCAGCUGUUCAGGAUGAGCCUUCUACAACACCACCAACUUCCCGCAAAAGUUCAUCAGUUUCGGAAACCACAAUACUUCCUGGCUCCCGCAAGGGCUCUUCAGUAGCCAUGCAAGAGUCUCAGAAAACUCAACCAAGUAAAGACACUAAACCAUCAAUUGAGCAGAAGAAAGAGGAGAAGACACAAUUGCUUCAGCAGGUUAAUGUUCCAUCAAGAGAAUUGAAAGAUAAUUUAAAGAUGACAAAGGAUUCGCCCAAGCCUCUUCCCAAGGUCUGUCCACUCUGUAAGGUGGAUCUCAAGAAAGAUCAAUACAACAGUUGCACUGAAUGCAAAAAUAUUGUGUGCAACCUAUGUGGGUUCAACCCAAUGCCCCAUCAAAAUGAGGUGAUGUGGCUUUGCUUGGCAUGCCAGAUGCAGAAAGCACCAGAACCUCCCCCUGUGCAACUGCAGUCACAUGCAAAGAAGCCAGAAGAUACAGUACAAAUGGAUAAGAAACCACAAGUACCAGGGAAACAAGACUAUAAACAAACUUCAGCAGCAACUGUACAACCCGCCCAGAAAGAAACACAAAAGCAGCAUAUUACAGAUGUUUCAAAGUCAGAAUCACAAAAAACAGAUCCACAGCAAGAUAAAGUUGGAUUCUUUGGGUUUGGUUUUGGAGGAGCUAGAUCAAGAUCACCUUCUCCUCAGCCUGCUGUCUCAGAGAGGGUUCUAGGAUUUGGUUCAUCUUUCUUAAGCUCAGCAUCUAAUCUAAUCUCAACAACUCCUCAAGAUGAGUCCUCCACAACACCGUCUAGUUCUCGCAAAGCUUCAACAGCCUCUCAAAUGUCUGAUAAAACACCACCAACCUCUCGAAAAGGUUCUGCUGUCUCACAAAUCUCUAAUAAGGUUAAUACCACUCCAGCUUCCUCUCGCAAGGGUUCACAGACAUCUAUUAAAACAACACCUCCAACCUCACAAAAGGGAGCUGAAGCUGAUGUAAACAUUAAUAAUGCAGAUGGGGCAAAAACUAAAGUUCCAGAAAAGGGAGAGGAAACAAAUAAUUUAGUUACCUCACAGCAACAAGAACAAGGAAAAGCUCAAGAUGGGGCUUCUCUGUCAUCAGAACUCCAUGAAGAUCCAAGAAGUAGAUCUCAGUCUCCUUUACUUCCACCUGCAGCAUCUGCUGUCUCUGGAAAGGUUCUAGGAUUUGGUUCUUCCUUGUUUAGCUCAGCAAGUAAUCUGAUCUCAUCAGCUCUAGAAGAACCUUCAACAACACCCCCUGCUUCUCGAAAGGGUUCAACAGCUUCCCAACUCUCCGCUAAGACUACAACUCCUCCACCUUCUCGUAAAGGCUCAUCAGUUUCCCAGACUUCAGACAAGAUUGCCACUCCACCUUCCUCACGAAAGGGCUCUGGGGUUUCUUUGACAUCGGCUCCUGGUCCUACACAGAAGAAAACACUUGAUCCAGAUGCCACUGUAAAAGAAAAGGCUGCACUACUUACUGGUACUCCAGAGUCAAUACAAAAAAAGAGAAAAGACGAGAAACCCAUGGUCAGUCAGGCACAGCCAACAACUACUAAAGAUGCAGCUCUUCCAGAAACAAGGACAAAGUCACCAAUAUCACUUCCCAAAGCCUGUCCUCUCUGUAAGGUUGAUUUGCAGAAGGAGCCUCCCAAUUUUGAUACCUGCACUGAGUGCAAAAACACAGUGUGCAAUCGUUGUGGCUUUAACCCAAUGCCUCAUGAGACAGAGAAAAAGGAGUGGCUUUGUCUAAACUGUCAGAUGCAAAGAGCUCAAGCCGAGGCCAACAAGGUAGCUCCUCCGGUAUCACCACUAAAGAAAACGACACCAGCUCCUGUUCCUAUCAGUGAGAAAGAAAAGACUGCAGUAUCUUCAGGUACUCCAGAGUUUACAAAGGAAAAUACAAUUACUCCUAAACAGAAGCCGCAACAGCAGGAGGACAUCAAAAAAAUAGCACAGCCAUCACUAAAUCAAUCUACUGCUCCAUCAAAAACUGCACCCACUAAAGAAGAGAGUGGCUUUUUUGGCUUUGGACGCUCUAGAUCGCCAUCUCCCCAACCUGCUGCUUCCAGUGUUUCUGGUAAGGUAUUUGGAUUUGGUUCUUCCCUCCUGAGUUCAGCUUCUAAUCUUAUGUCCACUGCUGUACAAGAUGAAUCCUCCACAACACCCCUUGCAACUCAAGAGGAUUCAGCCCCUUCGAAAACUCUUGUGAAGACUACAUUAACACAAGCUACAACUCAGGGAGGAUCAGCUGAUUUGUCACCUAAGCAGGGAGCUAAAUCUGUUCAAGAGAAUCAGAAAGACAAGGAACAAGAAGGAAAGAUGAAAGAAAUUCAGGCAAAAGCUGUUAUCAAAGAAGAAGUCUACAAAUCAGAGCCUCCAAAGGCUUGUCCAUUGUGUAAGGCAGAAAUAAUAAAGAAUCCACCAAACUAUAGCACAUGUACUACUUGCAAGAACACAGUGUGUAAUCUCUGUGGAUUUAACCCAUUGCCACAUCAAACUGAGAUGAAGGAAUGGCUGUGUUUGAACUGCCAGAUCCAGAGAGCUCCCAUACCUCCAGCUGGACAACCCGGUCCACAAACUACCAAGUUACCUCCACCUGCCUCACCACAAAAACAACACACUCCUGGCGUUGUAGCAGAAGAUCAGAAACUUGAUGCUUCUGGACAACACAAAAUCAAACCCAAUUCAGCAGAUUUGAAACCACCUACAUCAGAAGCCCAAAAGCAGAAAAGUGAAGUCUUACCUGCCAAGUCUGAUCAACCACAUAAACCCGAACCAUCUAAACAAGAAACAGAUUUCUUCAGCUUCGGGUUUGGUGGCUCUCAGUCAAGAUCACAAUCUCCUCAGCCCACUGUGUCUGCUGUCUCUGAUAAAGUUUUUGGCUUUGGCUCCUCCUUCCUAAACUCAGCAUCAAACUUAAUCUCCUCUGCUGAACCAUCUAAAACUCCGCCAACAUCUCGAAAGGGUUCUACAAUUUCUCAGACUUCAAGCAAGACCAUACCAACACCUCCCACUUCUCGAAAAGGAUCAGUAGCUCCACCAGAGUCAAAACUAAAUCCACCUCCAGUGCAGUCUAAGCCAACGUCUACACCAACGCAAGAACAGAAAGGGCCACCAGAUGUUCAACCAUCCAAACCUUUAGAAGCUGAAUUGAAUAAAGAGCCACCAAAAAGCUGCCCCUUAUGUAAAGAGACCCUCAAGAAAACCCCACAAAACUAUAGCUCUUGCACUUCUUGCAAGAGCAUUGUUUGUAAUCUCUGUGGAUUUAAUCCCAAUCCUCAUCAAACUGAUGUGAAGGAGUGGCUGUGUUUGACUUGUCAGAUGCAUAAAACUUCAGGACCUCCUCUUCCUCAACCAGAGCCACAAUCUAAUAUAGCACUUGCACCAGCAUCUCCACUGAAGGAAAAAACUCAGGUUUCACCUUCUCCUGAGAAAAAGCCAAGUGUUACAGCUGACCAGGACAAGAAGCCUCUUGCAGAGACUAAAGAACUAAAAACACCAAAUACUCAAAAAUCUAAAGGUGAUGUUCCUUCUUCCAAGCCUGUUCCACCACCUAAAGGUGAACAGGUUAAAGAAGAAUCCAGUUUCUUUGGCUUUGGUUUUGGCAGUUCUCGAUCUCGAUCUCCCUCUCCCUCUCCUCAAGCUGCAGUCUCUGAUAAGGUUUUUGGUUUUGGGUCCUCCUUCCUCAGCUCAGCGUCAAAUCUAAUCUCUUCGGCUGUUCAGGAUGAGUCCUCCACCAAAACUCCACCAACAUCACGCAAGGGAUCUACAGUUUCCCAAGUUUCAAAUAAAACCACACCUACGCCACCCACUUCUAGAAAAGGAUCUGUAAUUCCUCAGGAUGCUAAACAAAAACAACCUCAAAGAGAAUCAAAGCCAGCUGUUUCAUCAAUACAAGAUCAAAAGCCAGUAUCAAAAACCCAAGAUCCUCAGCUGGUCAAACCUGCACAUACAUCAGAGGAGAUUUCAAAAGCCUGUCCACUUUGCAACGAAACACUCAAAAAAGAUCCACAGAACUACAGCACUUGUAGUUCAUGCCAGAAAUCUGUUUGUAAUCUCUGUGGAUUUAAUCCAAAUCCACAUCAAAUUGAGAUGAAGGAAUGGCUAUGCUUGACCUGCCAGGUAGAGAGAGCCUCAGGACCUCCCCCUGCUCAGCAACAAGUACCACUAGCAUCUACACAAAAGAAAGUAACUCUAGAAAUUAAGCAGACUGUUACUGUUGAGCAGGACAAGAAACUUACUGAGGCUAAAGAACCUACAGUUACUCCAACAGCAUAUGCUCAAAAAUCUAAAGAUGAUACAAUUCCUUCCAAACUUGCUCCAACAUCUAAAGUUGAACAGAAUAAGGAAGACUCUGGUUUCUUUGGCUUUGGUGCACGAUCUCGGUCACCUUCACCUCAAUCUGCAGUGUCUGGAAAAGUUCUGGGUUUUGGGUCCUCAUUCCUCAGUUCAGCAUCUAAUCUGAUAUCCUCAGCCAUUCAGGAUGAGUCAUCCAGCAAAACUCCACCAAGUUCUCGUAAAGGAUCUACCGUGUCCCAAAGUUCUAUCAAGACAGCACCAACACCACCGACCUCUCGAAAGGGUUCUGAAGCUGCUCAAGCUGUGCAAAAAAGGAAAGUGGUGGAGGAAGCCAAGGUUACUGUUGUACAGAAAAAAGAUGACAAGAAAAUAGAGGAGAAUAAAUCACAAGAUGAGAAGCCCAAAGUACCAGUUGAUGAUGUGCAAAGUAACACACCAGUCCCAGAGCUUUCGAAAGUCUGUCCAAUCUGUAAAGUAGACUUAAAGAGCAAUCCAUCAAACUACAACACUUGCACUGGAUGUAAGACCACAGUGUGCAACCUUUGUGGAUUUAGUCCGAUGCCACACCAAACUAAGGUAAAGGAAUGGCUAUGUUUAAACUGUCAGGUAAAGAAAGCACAAGAAUUUCCCUCUGCCCAACCACCCCCAAUGGCUAGCAAAGCAUCUCAACCAACAAAAUCACAAGACAUGGACAGUCCUAUACCCUCUAAAAUUCCUGUUUCUUCACUAAAUAUGACAGAUGUCAUUGGAACAAAAAGUGCAUCGGUUGCUACAGAGAAUCAAGAGAGUAAACCAACACAAGCAUCAUCACCAGUACCCCAAAUGCCAAAAAGUGAUCCAUCUCCUACGAAACAUGCUGUAUCACAGAAAGCAGAACCUUUAAAGGAGGAAGCGGAAUUCUUUAGCUUUGGUUUUGGUGGUGCCCGAUCUGGAUCCCCUCAGCCAUCUGUUACUGCUGUCUCAGGAAAGGUUCUUGGCUUUGGAUCCUCUUUUUUGAGUUCUGCAUCUAAUCUAAUAUCAACAGCCAUGCAAGAUGAUUCCUCGACAACCCCACCAACUUCUCGUAAGGCUUCCAUGGCUUCAGAAACAUCUGCAAAGAAUACAACGCCGCCAACAUCUCGCAAGGCAUCCGUGGUGUCCCAAACCUCAUUAAAGACUACACCAACAUCGCCUGCUUCUCGUAAAGGAUCUGUAACUUCUCAACAAAUUCCACCUACUGGUGAUACCAGUAAAGCACCUAUACCAGACAAAACAGAUGUGAAGCAGGUCCAACAGGCUACAACAGUUCCUGAACCUGUAAUAGGCGCAGUCACAGCUCCCAAAGCAGAGACCAAAACAUGUCCUCUUUGCAAAGUGGAUCUCAAUAUAGGUUCUAAGGUCACUCCAAACUACAAUACUUGCACUGAGUGCAAGAAGAUUGUUUGUAACCUCUGUGGAUUCAACCCAACACCACAUCAAACAGAGUUCAAUGAAUGGCUUUGUCUGAACUGCCAGACACAGCGUGCAUUAAAUGGAAUAAAACCACAAGAACCUUCUAAAAUAAAAACCCACGAACAACCUGACAAAGUCUUUACCCCAGCACUUCCUCAAAAAUCAGAAAGUAUAACACCAGGGUCAUCAUCAACCACCAUAGCUCCUGAUUCUGUGGAUGGAACACAAAAGAAAGAGAUUCAAGCUGUGGCCAUCUCUGACAGAACUAAGCCUGCUGUUUCAGCGGAUGUCCAAAAGAAAGAAGCAGUCACAGGUUCUCCAAAACCCCCAGAGAGUAACAUAAAGGGACCACCUGUACCCUCAUCUGAGUCUGACAAGCCUCCUGAAAAGGCUACUCCAAAUGUGCAGACAGAGCCACCAAAACAGGAAUCUAGUUUCUUUGGUUUUGGAUUUGGUAGUCCUAAGAUGCAACCUGCUUCACCUAAAUCAUCAGAAUCAACAACUGGGAAACUGUUUGGCUUUGGUGGUCUUACAGAAACAGCUAGAUCUAGGUCACCCUCACCGCAGUCUGUUUCUGCAGUCUCUGGGAAAGUUCUUGGCUUGGGAUCUUCUAUAUUUAGCUCAGCAUCUAACUUGAUUAGCUCAGCUGUUCAGGAUGAGCCAUCCAAAACACCCCCAACAUCUCGAAAGGGAUCGACAGUUUCUCAGACAUCUACUAAGGCAACAGCUCCCACAUCUAGGAAAGGAUCUGCAGUGGCACCAGACUCUAGUAAAGUUUCACCUGUUGGAGACACUAAAACACAAGCAGCACAAGAUGUAGAGAAGAAAACAGAAAUCAAACAAGUUACAUCACCCAAACCGCCCGAAAAAUCGGCUUCUAAAGAAGUCAAAACCAACUGUCCAAUAUGCAAAGUGAAGCUCAACAUUGAUUCCAAGGAUGCCAAGAAUUUUAACACAUGCACUGAAUGCAAGAUGACAGUGUGCAGUCAGUGUGGAUUUAACCCAAUGCCUCAUCAACAUGAGGUUGAGGAAUGGCUCUGUCUGAAUUGCCAGGUACAACGGGCACAGCAAGGAGUGAAAAGUCCUUCAACAUUGCCUCAGUCAGUUCCUUUAUUAAAAGACGACAAAACUACAUCCAAAGCUGACAAGGAAGCUCCAGCUCCAGUUGACACCAAACCUGAUGAGAAUCCAGCUGCAGUUCCCACUAAGAAGAAGGCUGCACCUGAUCAGGAAAUAAAGAAAGACAUUUUAGUUCAAAAGACCAGCAGUGAUGCCAAGCCAACUGAUAAGAUCACCUCUAGCAAAGAUCUUCCUAAGCAGGACAAUACUAAAACAGAGCCUGAGAAAUCCCAACAGCCACCAACCAAGGAUACAAUUAUUCCUGUCAAAUCUGCUCCACCUACUGAGACUAAACCUCCAAAACAGGAGUCAAGUUUCCUUGGUUUUGGGUUAGGUGGUCCUAAAGCACAGCCUUCUUCCCCAAAACCAACGGAUUCAGGCACAGGAAGGUUCUUCAGUGGCUUUGGCGGCCUGACAGAAACGGCAAGAUCUCGAUCACCAUCACCACAGUCUGUUUCUGCUGUCUCUGGGAAAGUUCUGGGCCUAGGAUCCUCUAUAUUUAGCUCAGCGUCUAAUCUGAUAAGCUCAGCUGUUCAGGACGAGUCCUCCAAAACACCACCAACUUCUCGAAAGGGAUCGACAGUUUCCCAGACAUCUACCAAGGCAACACCUCCCACAUCUCGGAAAGGAUCUGCAGUGGCACCAGAUUCUAGUAAAGUUUCACCUCCUGAAGACACUAAAACACAAGCAGCACAAGAUGUAGAGAAGAAAACAGACAUCAAACAAGUUACAUCACCCAUACCACUUCAAAAACUUGCUCCUAAAGAAGUCAAAACCAACUGUCCGUUAUGUAAAGUGGAGCUUAACAUUGAUUCUAAAGAUGCCAAGAAUUUUAACACAUGCACUGAAUGCAAGAUGACAGUGUGCAGUCAGUGUGGAUUUAACCCAAUGCCUCAUCAAACAGAGGUUGAUGAAUGGCUCUGUCUGAAUUGCCAGGUACAACGGGCACAGGGAGGAAUAAAAAGUCCUCCAGUAAAUUCUCAAACAGUUCCAUUAGUGAAGGACAACCAAACCACAUCCAAAGUUGACAAGGUAGCUCCAGUUGAGUCCAAACCUGACGAGAAUCCAACCGCAGCUCCCAUUGAAAAGAAAGUAGUACCUACUCAGGAAAUAAAGAAAGACAUUUCAGUUCAAAAGACCAGCAGUGAUGCCAAGCCAACUGAUAAGAUCACCUCUAGCAAAGAUCUUCCUAAGCAGGACAAAACUAAAACGGAACCUGAGAAAACACAACAACAACCAACCAAGGACACAAUUAUUCCUGUCAAAUCUGCUCCACCUACCAAGACUGAACCCCCAAAACAGGAGUCAAGUUUCUUUGGUUUUGGGUUAGGUGGCAGUAAAGCACAGCCUCCUUCCCCAAAACCAACGGAUUCAGCCACAGGAAGGUUUUUCAGUGGCUUUGGUGGCCUGACAGAAACAGCAAGAUCUCGAUCACCAUCACCACAGUCUGUUUCUGCUGUCUCUGGGAAAGUUCUGGGCCUAGGAUCCUCUAUAUUUAGCUCAGCAUCUAAUUUGAUAAACUCAGCUGUUCAGGAUGAGUCCUCCAAAACACCACCAACUUCUCGAAAGGGAUCGACAGUUUCCCAGACAUCUACCAAGGCAACACCUCCCACAUCUCGGAAAGGAUCUGCAGUGGCACUAGACUCUAGUAAAGUUUCACCUGUUGGAGACAAUAAAUCACAAGCAGUACAAGAUGUAGAGAAGAAAACAGACAUCAAACAAGUUACAUCACCCAAACCGCUUCAUAGACCAGCACCUAAAGAAGUCAAAACCAACUGUCCAUUAUGUAAAGUGGAGCUUAACAUUGAUUCUAAGGAUGCCAAAAAUUUUAACACAUGCACUGAAUGCAAGAUGACAGUGUGUAGUCAGUGUGGAUUUAACCCAAUGCCUCAUCAAACAGAGGUUGAUGAAUGGCUCUGCCUGAAUUGCCAGGUACAACGGGCACAGGGAGGAAUAAAAAGUCCUCCAGUAAAGCCUCAAACAGUUCCUUUAGUGAAGGACAACCAAAGUACAUCCAAAGCUGACAAGGUAGCUCCAGCUCCAGUUGAGUCCAAACUUGAUGAGGAUUCAACUGCAGCUCCCACUGAAAAGAUGGCUGCACCUGAUCAGGAAAUAAAGAAAGACAUUUCAGUUCAAAAGACUAGCAGUGAUGCAAAGUCAGCUGAUAUGAUCACCUCAAGCAAAGAUCUUCCUAAGCCGGACAAUACUAAACCAGAACCCGAGAAAACACAACAACAACAACAACAACCACCCAAGGAUACAAUUACUCCUGUAAAAUCUACUCCACCUACCAAAACUGAACCCCCAAAACAGGAGUCAGGUUUCUUUGGUUUUGGGUUAGGUGGUCCUAAAGCACAGCCUCCUUCCCCAAAACCAAUGGAUUCAGCCACAGGGAGGUUCUUUAGUGGCUUUGGCGGCCUGACAGAAACGGCGAGAUCCAGAUCACCAUCACCACAGUCUGUUUCUGCCGUCUCUGGCAAAGUUCUGGGCCUAGGAUCCUCUAUAUUUAGCUCGGCAUCUAAUUUGAUAAGCUCAGCUGUUCAGGACGAGUCCUCCAAAACACCACCAACUUCUCGAAAGGGAUCGACAGUUUCCCAGACAUCUACUAAGGCAACACCUCCCACAUCUCGGAAAGGAUCUGCAGUGGCACCAGACUCUAGUAAAGUUCAACCUACUGAAGACACUAAAACACAAGCAGCACAAGAUGUAGAGAAAAAAACAGAUAUCAAACAAGUUACAUCACCCAAACCACUUCAAAAACCUGCUCCCAAAGAAGUCAAAACCAACUGUCCAUUAUGUAAAGUGGAGCUUAACAUUGAUUCUAAGGAUGUCAAAAAUUUUAACACAUGCACUGAAUGCAAGAUGACAGUGUGCAGUCAGUGUGGAUUUAACCCAAUGCCUCAUCAAACAGACGUUGAUGAAUGGCUCUGCCUGAAUUGCCAGGUACAACGGGCACAAGGAGGAAUAAAAAGUCCUACAGUAAAACCUCAAACAGUUCCUUUAGUAAAGGACAAUCAAACUACAUCCAAAGCUGACAAGGUAGCUCCAGCUCCAGUUAAGUCCAAACUUGAUGAGAAUCCAACUGCAGCUCCCACUGAAAAGAAGGCUGGACCUGCUCAGGAAAUAAAGAAAGACAUUUCAGUUCAAAAGACCAGCAGUGAUGCCAAGCCAACUGAUAAGAUCACCUCUAGAAAAGAUCUACCUGAGCAAGACAAUACUAAACCAGAACCCGAGAAAACACAACAACAACCACCCAAGGAUACAAUUACUCCUGUAAAAUCUGCUCCACCUACCAAGACUGAACCCCCAAAACAGGAGUCGGGUUUCUUUGGUUUUGGGUUAGGUGGUCCUAAAGCACAGCCUCCUUCCCCAAAACCAACUGAAUCAACCACAGGAAGGUUCUUCGGUGGCCUGACAGAAACAGCGCGAUCCCGAUCACCCUCACCACAGUCUGUUUCUGCUGUCUCUGGGAAAGUUCUGGGCUUUGGAUCUUCAUUAUUUAGCUCAGCAUCUAAUCUGAUCUCUUCAGCUGUUCAAGAUGAGCCGCCCACAACACCACCAACUUCAAGAAAAGGUUCCACAGUUUCUACUGACUCUGGUAAAGCUACCACAGCACCAGCCUCCCGCAAAGGCUCAGUGGCUUCUGCCAGGACUACACCACUGACACCUCGCAAAGGAUCUGUUACAACAGAAACCGACAACAAUCCUCCUGCAAAAGAGGUAAUACAGCAGGUUGAAAAGAAACCAGAGCAAGUCAGUGUGGACAAAUUAUCAAGCAUACCUACAUCAGAAAAGGAUACACCUGAAUCUGGAAGGGAUAUAUUACUGACACAUCCUGAAAGUUUACCUCAACCAUCCACUUGUCCGCUCUGUAAAAUUGCUCUAAACAUGGACUCGAAGGACCCUCCUAAUUACAAUACCUGCACCGAAUGUAAAAGCGUGGUAUGCCAACUCUGUGGAUUUAACCCUAUGCCUCAUCUUGCAGAGGCUGAGUGGUUGUGUUUGAAUUGCCAGACACAGAGAGCUAUAACUGGGCAGCUGGGAGACAUGGGGAAAAUACCAAUAGCUGGUCCAGUAUCUGCCAAAGACAAACCUACAGUCACAUCCAAAACACAGCUUCCUGAGACUCCUGCACCAACACAGGUAGCUGCUCCACAACCUGAGCUAAAACCUUCAACUGAAAAGCAGGCAAAGGAAGAGAAGACUACUGUUGAAAAGGCAGCGGUGACCACUCCAGCAGUCCCUGCAUCUCUGUCUGUUGUUCCUACCACAUAUUUGCCACAGACUGAGAUGACAGCUGUGGUGGCACCAAUACCAGCUGCAGAGUCUCAGAAAGCUGUUGUUACCGCUGCUGAGGUCACUUUGACAGAAACAGGCAGAGACAAAAUCCCAGAUGAGAUAAAAGUUGAGAGAGGACCAAUCUCUAUGAUUCCAGCAGCCACUGUUGAGGCAGAUGUAGUAAAGGUCAAAGAAGAUACAUACACUCAUCCUACAACAGAAGGACAACUGGACAAUGUUGUGAUACAGAUAGAUACCAGUCUUACAGAAAUUUCUAAAGUAGAUACCUUGAAAGCAGAUACUAAAGAGCAACAAAGAAAGGACAUCUUACCAGUUUCAGUAGAAUCAUAUAGCUCGGCUGAAGAGGAGCUUAAAGAGAUACAGCGGGUCAGUGAAAUGGCAAUGAAAGAAACUGCUGCAAAACUGUUGCCUGUCAGAGCACAAGAUAAUGUAAAACAAUACCAUGAGGACAGCAGUGAGAGUGAACCCUCUCCUCAGAUACAAAGAAGAAGAGUGAGGCCUCCAUCCUCAAGUAGUGAGGACUACAAAAUAGACAGUUCAAAUUCUGGAGAUGAUGAGGAGUUCAUCCGUAGACAACUCAUGAGCAUGGGUGAAGAUGAGAACUUACCCUCUGAUGAGGAAAACAUUGUCAAAGAACAACUAGACGCAUCGCAAGAAACCAAAGAAGUCGAUUCCAUGAAGCCUAAACGUGCCCUAAAGAAACUUACGGUAGAACCUGAGGAGUACCUGUCUUCUCAUGAUCAAGAUGACCAAGUUGUCCAAGUCAUUCCUGUCUCAGAAGCAUUAGAAGUAUCAAGUGUGGAAAUAGAUGUCUCGGUUGACAAUAAGAUCACAGUCACUGACACCAUAGCAGCUGCCGUUACACAAAAAAGCCCUGUUAGACAAACCACUGAGGAGUAUGAGAGUCUUGUUGAAGACUCAUCAAAAGGUGAUGGGUCUUCCAGUGUUCAGGUGUCCAGCAUCACACCAGGAACGGCUUCGCCUACUUCUGUGUCCUCCAUUGAUGAAGAUAGUGAUAGUAGCCCAAGUCAUAAAAAGGCAAGAGCAGAGAGUAAACAGCAAAGAAAGGCAAAACACAGACCGCACGGCCAAGCCCUUGCCACUAUAGAAGACUCAUCUGAGGAGGAUGGGUUACAUGAGAAAGGUGAUCAACCAAUGGAGCUAGAAGAAGAAAGAGAUGAUCAACAGCCAUUAAGAAAGGCCUCAAGAAAAAUGAAGACUGAAAAAGAUGAAUUGGUCAUGCAAAGGAGGCGCGAUCAUUUGACGAAAACUGAUAAAUUACGUCAGGUUGCAGGAACAGAGGAACGGAAGUCCUCUUCCUUCUCUGACUUUUCGCCCAGUGUUGAAUCUGAUGCAGAAAGUGCAGAAUACAGAACAUUAUCAUCUGAAACGCAAGAGGCUGCAGGGAAGCCAUUAAAGAAUGCUGAAGAGGUAUAUGAGGAAAUGAUGCUGAAAGCACAAGAAUACAAAACAUCAGAGAAAUUUACACCACCUGAUAUUGAACCAUUAUAUGGGGGCAUGUUAAUAGAAGACUAUGCUUAUGAAACUUUGGUUGAUGAACAAGACCAGGCUGCAGCAGCUUUUGGUAAUUUCACCCAUGGGCAGGACCGGGAGUCUGUGAGAAUACUUAUGACACCAGAUGAGGCUUACGAGGAGAUGAUGCGUAAAAGGAGCAAGAUUGUGCUAAAAGAAGAAGAGGCUCAGCAAACAUACACAACAAAGAUUGACACAUCAUUGCCACUUGAUGACAGUGACACUUGUUUUGUGACUAUUUCUGGAAACGAUGCACUUGCUGCAGAUAAAAAUUCAAAGACACUGUUGCAAACAGAGGAUGCAUAUGAAGAGUUGCUGAAGGCACAGAAAGAUGUUUUAACACCAGGAACAAGUCCGACACCAUCAACUCCUUUGUCUCCUGCCUCCCCUUUGACUGUAUCUGAGUCAUCAUAUGAUUCCCCAGAGGUUAUACUCAUUCCUUCAAGUGGAGAAGAAGACAACCUGGCUGAACCAAUUGAAUGUAUUUUGGAGCCCUAUAUUACAGAGUCAACGUCUACUCAGGAUGCGUUUGUAAAUAAAACAUUAUAUCCUAUUCCUGAUUUAAAGAUCACCCAGUGUUCCUCAGGUGAAGAUGAAAUCGAAGAGGAGGACAUUGCCAGACAAGAACAAAUAUCACCUGAGCCAACUGAUGUCUCUCUAAGUGAAGAAGAACCACAAGCCCCAGGAGAGUUAUUUGAGAAUGAUCCCAUUUCUGUUGUCUGUGAAGUUCCUUCAUCAAAAUAUGUUGUGGAAACAACAACGCUAUCUCCACUGUCUCCACCAACAUCCCCAGCAAUUUCAUCUCCAGAUUCAAAUCUAGAACUAGCAACAGCUCCAUCGUCCUCUCCAAUGUCUGACCAGACAUCUGAAUUAACUACACCAGCUAGCCCCAGUGUCGCUGAUGUUUCUGUCCCAGUUGUAAUUCACAUGCCAGACCUGAUGGAUGAGCAAACCACAGUACACCCAUCAAUUGCAGCUUCCGCACAGACUAUUGUAUCCUCUUCACCUGCCAUUUUAGCUUCACAUCAUGUCUCGGAAGAUGCUAGCACUCCUGCUCCUCCUGAAGUUCUUGCUUCAAAACCAACUCAAGGUCCCAAACCAACCCUGGCUCCAAAACCAACAAUAACAAAAACCAUACAGCAAGCAGUCCCUUCUCCUGAGUGGGUUUCGACCAAUACAGUGGAUUCAACUCAGAAACCUUUAGCUGGUGCAAUACAUGAACCAACAUCAGUUACAAAAUCAGCAAUUACAGACAAACCAACUGUUGCACCCAUGACUGCUGAAAAAGUUGACCAUGUGAAAAUGUCAACUACACCAGCUCUUACACCUAUUGUUCAAUCUCAAGAAAAACCUUUAAUAGAGACUUCAAUUGUUGUUCAAAUGCCAGAUCAUAUUUCCUCUUCAUUGAAGCACCCAGUUGUAGAACAAACUCCAGUUUCAGCACCUACUCUGCCAUCUACUACAUUAAAGAAUCAAGUACCUACAGCUAUCGCCAUUGUUGCUACUAUGCCAGACACACUCCUAUGCCAGGUCACGUCUACAUCUCAGUCAGUGGAACAAGCAUCAACUUCUGUUCCAACAAUGGUACCAUCCUCAGUUCCAGCUAGCAUCGUCUCUACAGACCCAACAAGCUCAGCUGUUGUACAAGUGGCCACACCACCAUCUGCUCAUACCACGUUACCUGCUUUGAUUAGAGAUGUUCAGCCACCAGCCAGUGUUUCAAUUCAAAUUCCCAUUCAGAGACUAGUGGAAACCAGAUCAGAUAUUGCACCACCAUUACAUCAAGCCACUCCUAUUUCACCCCCAGUGAGUCACAUGGAGUGUAUUGCUGCAAAGACAGUCUCUGUUGUUUCUCCUACUAUUACUACAACUGUUGCUUUUGAAAAUUCACUUUCCCAUCCCGUUAAAUCAAUGCUGGCUGAUUCUCAGCCAACAAUGACACAAAUACCGCAGAAAAUAAUUCCAGAUAAUGCAAUUCCUCCAAUUGAACAGAAACCACAAAGCCAGAUUAGUUUCAGAUUGCCAAAUCUAGAAAAAACUGUUAACGAUGAGAAAGUCCAACCUGUUAUUGUUAGUGUUUCUCCCAUUACUUAUGCAGCCACAGUAUCGAGUUUUGUUUCUCCUUGUGUGGCAUCUGCAAAACCUUACAUUUCUCAGGAAAGAACGGAUAAACCAGUAAUUUCAUUUCCACCACCUCCCCUUGCUACACCCCCAGAAUUACCAUAUAGCACAGUACCCAGGUCUGAUUUUGACCAGCAAAUGGCUUUUCAAACUACCUCAUCAGUUACUUCAUCUCAACCUAACCCCCCAGCAACUGUGGCUAGUGUGACUGUAAAAGCAGCAGUGACACCAACACACAAAUCACCACCCCCUGUUCCCCCCAAACCUGUCUGUAUUCCCCCAGGAUUGGUAUUUAGCCACAGAUCACGUGAGAGCAUAAAACCACCAGUUAGUCCCGAACCAGUAGUUGUCCAAGCAGUUCGUGCUGCAACUUUGCCAAGAACAAGAGAACCUCCAAAUGCAUUAACAUUAAGUUUGACAGCCCCAAUAGAGACCAAGCACAGUGCUUCAUCACCAAAAUCACCUUUGUCACCAAGAUUUGCUAGAACUCUUGAAACAUACGUUGUUAUAACAUUACCAUCAGAACCAGGAUCACCUGUAGAAACCAUUACAACUCAAGCACCUAUAAGAAGAUCCUCACUACCAACUUCCAGGCAGCAGGUAACAUGUGAUGCUCCAAUAGUGUUUAUUCCAGCUGCAAUAGAUGCACCUGUGUCAUUAAUUUCAGCACAAGUUGUAGCAGCCCCACCAAAACCUCCCCCAGCUUUAAAAACAGCAGCACCUUUUGGGGGAAUGGCACCUGACUUUGCUUCAACUACAAUGGAGACUUAUUAUGCAUUGCCAGAGAUGAAUUUAACACAAAGCAUUGCACCACCGUGUGUAACAGUUCCAGAGCUGCCAGUAACUUCUGAUCCAAUGCUGGUUGAAGCUCCUCGUUUAGUGACAUCCUCAGAAUUAGCACAGACUAUGAGUUUUAUUCCUCAUAUCAGUAUGGGAAAUGUAACACAUUCCCCAUCUGAGUUUGUUACACCACAUUAUUCAGCACCAGUCGAAAUGGCACCUCCUGCUUUAAUUUCAGCAGCACCUGUUGCAGCACCACCACUACCACCUACUUCUGUAGAACCGACAGUAUAUCAUGCAAUGGUACAUACCACACCUUCUAUGGUUUGUCCUCCUCCCAUGGCUUCAGCUUCAACCUUGUAUACAUCAAAACCAUUAGAGGAACUACCAAUAACCUUAACCCCCAUGUCUGGGGCGCCAGCAGUGUCUGUUCCUCAAAAUACAGUGAGUGAUGUUCGAAAAGAACUUGAGAUGCAACAAGUGCAAACAGCAUAUUCAGUACCAAUAACAAUAACCCAGAUUCCAAUCCAAGCUCAAAAUGAAGAUAUUCCUGGUUUGGAUAUGGAAGAAGUACUAAUAGUCUCAGCCCCAGAAGAGAUAUUAACUGAUCUGGGUCCAACGCCAGUUCCAAUAACACAGCAAACAAUUUAUGAGGAAAAAACUGAAAUUCCGUCAAUGACUUCUGCAACAGCAGUGCCACCAGUACCAGUCACAUUUACCCAAUUUACAAAAUCUAUUGAGAGUCAAGAAAUAUGUGGACAGGAUAAGUUUAUUUCAAGCAUGAGUCAAGUCUACUCUGCAAUUUCAACAACUGAGCAGCAUCCUGACACCUUGCCUAAGCUUGUAACCCAAGUUGUCACGACUGAAGUGCAAAGAACAACAACUGUGUCAGUUGUCCAGGAGAGGAUUCCUGUAGACCCUAUUCCUGAACCUGUGAGUGCUACAGUCACAAUUCAACCAGAAGUCCAUCAAAAGUCCAAACAAAAUGGAAGAAUACAUUACCCUACCGAUGUCGUAGAUCUCACCACAUUUAAAGUCAAUGUUACAAUGACUGACAGUGGAAUGGAUCUGACAGCCCCAGACUCAAGUAGGUCUUUUCUGUCAAGUGAAUCAAGUGGCCGACAGGCUACUGCUGUACAGCCGGAAAUUGUGAAUCUUAGUGCUGAAAUAAUCCCCAGUCCAACUCUGUCUGUUGUAAAUGAUAGCAUAACAAUAGUCACUUGCACAGCUACAAUUGCCUACAAUAACAAUAGCACAGUUGACAAGCCUCUGGACCUUGGAAAUGCUACUUCAGUGCCUCUUUCACUUACCACAUACAAUCCAUUUGAGCCUCUUGCACAGAUUGUAUAUAGACCAGUAAAUUCUCAACCUAAGCCUCCAGCUAGUGCAGAGAUUCCUGUUAACCUAUCAAACAGAUCUGCCACAAUCAGCGCCCCUCCUCUAAUGCCUCUUACUGUAGCCCCAGUGAGCUUCACAAAUGGCACUGUUGGUAUACCAAUGCAUACAGAGCCAUCAGUGGUUGGACCUGUAGAUCUCACCACAUCUAAGCCAUUGAAUACCAUGGUUGCUUUGUCCUCAUCUUCUGGAGUGGUCACAAAUGUUGUGGAAGAUGACGGUACACCAGUUGAUCUUACAUCUGGUAGACGAACAGUUUGCUGUGAUGUUAUUUACAGGCUUCCGUUCACAGGGAGCUGCAGAACACAGCCUCCUGUGACAACACAACCAGACACUCAAAUUGGCUAUGAAAUUGAUGAUGCCGAAAUGCCUGUCAUUGAAAAUCUCAGUACCAUGAAGACAUCGAUAUCGGACAGUAAUUUCAAAGAGACUGGGCUCCUUAGUUAUGAAAGGAAGAAUGGAUUCACCUAUCAGAAUGGGGCACCUGAGGGAGCCAUGGAUUUGACAUCAGCUAAAAUGUCAAUGGAAGAAGCCUUAGACUACUCAAAGAAAGGUACUUUGGCAUUUACUGGAAUCACCUCUACUCCAUAUUCUCAAGGAACAUCAUAUGGAGUUAACAGUUUGCUAAGAUCAACAAAUGGCAUUGUUUACUCAUCUGUGGCUGCACCUGUUCCCUCCACGUAUGCCAUUACGACCCAACCAGGUUCAAUAUUUAGUACAACGCACAAUAGUCUGACUGAUCCUACAGAACCAUUGUCAGCAUUUGAAAAUCAGCCUGCUCCAUAUGGCUUCGUGCACACAGCCACAGACCAAUCAAUAUUCUCACAAUCUGAUAUAUCAAAGGAUAUCCUACCCUCUGCGUUAGCUAGUCUACUUCCCUCAUUGACAGCUUUCCCUGAGCUCUAUUCAGAUGCUACACUUGAGGCAAUAGCAGCCUCACUGGAUACACUGGUAUCCCCAAAUUUCCCUGAUUUAGAUGACAGCAAGAGCCAGCAGUACAAGGCAGAACAUGAAUUUUUACAAUUAGAGAAGCUAAAGCAGCUGUGUCUAGCUGAAGAGCUUGAAUGGGAGAGACAAGAGAUACAGCGUUAUCGUGAACAAGAGCAAUUCAUUGUGCAGAAGGAGCUGGAGGAACUACAGAACAUGAAGCAGCAGCUUCUAAUGCAGCAAGAAGAAGAAAGAAAAGCCCAACUGAUCCUUCAACAAGAAACCUUUGCACAGCAGCAACAUCAGUUAGAGCAGAUCCAUCGAUUACAGAAGCAACUACAGCAACAGUUGGAAGAACAAAAGAUAUACCCAUAUGGGUUCGGCCCAAUUGAGGGGAUGUCCCCACCUAUGGGCUCAAACAUUAUACUUGACUCAAAAUAUUCUGGGGGAGAUAAUGGACAGUAUUGGCCAGUAAAGGAUGACAAUUCAAUGUCUUCUGCGGUUUCCACCCAUGACUCCACAUUAGUUCAAAACUGGCAAUCAACAACAGUACAGCACAGUUCAAACAUUCCUGUAACAGUGAGUGCACAGACAAAGGAGCAAAUGCAGUUGUCCACAAACAUGUCUGAUUCAGCAAAGCAAGAGCAAAAUCUAGGGUUAAGUGGUAAGAAACUGAUCGAGAGUGGUGUUCAAACGGAUGAUGAAGACGAAGUUGAGAAGAUUCCAUCUGGCAGAAAGAGAAGAAGUAGGAGAAGUGUAGAUAGCUGUGUUCAAACUGAUGAUGAGGAUCAGGAUGAGUGGGAUGUUCCUGUUCGGAGUAGGCGCAGGUCUCGUUCCAGUAGAUAUGCUGAUGGAGAGAAGGGUAAAAGCUCUAAGGUGUCAAGUAUUGCGAUUCAGACUGUAGCAGAGAUUUCAGUUCAGACAGAGCAUUCGGGAACCAUUAGAAGAUCUCCUGUUAGGGCUCAAGUGGACACAAAGGUAGAUUUACAGAGAGAGGGCCAAACAGAAAGUGAUUCAGAUAUUACAUCAGACAAAGAUAAAAGACGCCCAGUUCCUACUGGGAUAACUGUUAGCACACACCUAACAGCUGAUGAUGUUGGAACUUCAAUGGUUACCAAGUCUCCAAAGGUACUAUGCUCCCCAGUCUCACCAAUGUCCCCUGGGAAAAGUUCACAAAAGAUGCUUACAGCUGAUUCAUCAAGGCAUCUCAGUAGUCCAAGAUCACUACGGGCUUCACAACGAUCUCUGUCUGACCCCAAGUCACUUAGUCCAACAACUGAGGACAGAAUGAUGUACCAGUACUCAGAAACCUACUCAAGCAAAGGUUCUCAGAGUGGCACACCAGUUGGCUCUUAUAAGAAAGUAAAACGCACUCUACCUCAUCCACCCCCGGAAGAAGAUAACAUCAUUGGCCUCUCUGGGUACACCACUUCUUCAACCAGAAGACGAAUGUGCAGGAACACAACUAUGGCACGAGCCAAAAUCCUUCAGGAUAUAGACAAAGAGCUGGAUUUAGUUGAACGUGAGUCCUCCAAACUCCGUAAGAUACAGGCAGAACUUGAUGAGGAGGAGAAAGAGAUAGAUGCUAAAUUGAGAUAUCUGGAGAUGGGUAUAAAUCGAAGAAAAGAGGCUUUAUUGAAAGAGAGAGAGAAGAGGGAGAGAGCCUACUUACAAGGAGUGGCAGAGGAGCGAGACUACAUGUCAGAUAGUGAGGUCAGCAACAUCAGAGAGGCACGAGGCAAUGGUCAUGGACUAGAAAGGCCACGGACUGCCCCACAGUCAGAGUUUAACCAGUUCAUCCCUCCACAAACUGAGUCUGAGUCCCAGUAUGCACAGCUUACGAGCCCAUACUCCCAUUAUCAGUAUGCAUCUCAAACAAGUCAGUACCCUCAGCAGACUUUGUACCAGCAGCAGUCUCUUUACCAUCAGCAGGUGUCCCCCUACCAAUCCAUCUACUCAUCAGUGCCCUCACUUAAUCAGCAGUCCCAGCAGACUGGCUAUGACCAUUCCUCACUCCUUCUGAUGCAACAAAAGCCCCGUCAGACUACUUUGUCUGACUUAGAGCCAAAAAUAACAACAAACUAUGAGGUUGUACGCAACCAGCCCCUCCUAAUUGUCCCUACAUCCACAGAGAGUGCCUAUGGAGUUUCCCAUCUUGGUGGCAAAUACAGUAGCCUUGAUCUGCGGAUGGGCCUGGAAGAGAGAGCCAGCAUGGCCAGCAGUCCCAUGUCGAGCAUAUCAGCUGAGUCCUUCUAUGCAGACCUUGAUCACCACAAUGCGAGGAACUAUGUCUUGAUUGAUGACAUCGGUGAACUCACAAAAAGCUCAACGGGUCUCGGGUCAAGCUACAGUAUCGCCGAUAAGGAUAUAAGCAAAGCUGAUCGACUUCUCCGGACUGCUGAUAUUCGUCGAACAGCAGAUGUGGCAGACUUUCUCAGUCCACUCCAGUCUGCUUCUCGGCUCCAUUCAUAUGGAAAAGCAGAUGAGGAUUCCAUGGAGGAGCCAUAUGAAUUGAAGAUGCUGAAACAGCAAAUCAAGCAGGAAUUCAGACGAGGCACUGAUAGUCUUGAACAGCUUACAGGCCUGCCUCAUUACCUCCAUUCUGACACUAGUUUUAGACAUUUCCCCAAAGCUGAGAAAUAUAGCAUCGGGAGACUAACUUUAGAGAAGCAAGCUGCCAAGCAACUUCCUGCGUCAGUUCUUUACCAGAAACAGCUAAAGAAUAAAAAAGCACUCAUUGACCCUAAAAUUACAAAGUUUUCACCCAUCCAGGAGAGCAGGGACAUUGAACUAGACUACAGCAACUUUUUGGCCUCUGCCUCAUCAGUUGGUGGACUGUCUGCCAGGGCACGGCUCCUGCAGGAUGAGAUCACAUUUGGUCUCAGGAAGAAUCUAGCAGAGCAACAGAAAUAUCUGGGUUCAGCUCUUGGUGCUAACCUGGCUCAGUCCCUCAACUUUGGCCAAUCUCUAAAUCUAGGGCCUACCAUAAGGUCUUCCCUGCAUGAAGAUGGCACCUACCCCAGCGGCACUCGAUCAAGACCUUCCUCUAGGCCUUCAUCUGUGUAUGGACUGGACCUUUCUAUCAAAAGAGACUUAUCAAACUCUUCACUACGCUUGAAAACAGAGGGUGAAGGCAUGGACUCCCAGUUUGUUUCUAGAGCUAAACCAACAAGUCUGCCAAUCAGUCAGAGCAGAGGUCGAAUCCCCAUUGUUGCACAAAACUCUGAGGAAGAGAGUCCAUUGAGCCCUGUGGGUCAGCCCAUGGGAAUGGCCAGAGCAUCUGCAGGCCCGCUUCCACCCAUAUCGGCAGACUUAAGGGACCAAUUUGGCUCCAGUCAUUCUCUUCCAGAAGUCCAGCAGCACAUGAGAGAGGAGUCUAGGACAAGCGGCUAUGAGCGGGACAUUGCCUUUAUAAAGGAUGACCUUCAGGGGGCCAUGUCAGAUAGUGAAGCUGGAGGUCCUAGCUGGAAUGUGAAAGCAUAUCACCUUCAGCAUGAAGAGACAGACUGGUUUGACAAACCCCGCCAGGGACGUGGUGGACCAGAGUCUGGGCCUGACAGAAGACAGAUGAAAGGCAGCCAUUACCCCUUCCCACACACUCGCAUCAAACUGCAACGGGACCCCAAGGACCACAGUGUCUCAGGGAGUGGGCUGGGAAUCAGAGUCGUGGGUGGAAAAGAGAUUCCAGGAACCAACAGAGAGAUCGGAGCCUACAUCGCCAAAGUUUCAGCAGGAGGAUAUGCUGAGCAAACGGGGAAAGUCGUAGAAGGAAUGCAGGUUCUGGAGUGGAAUGGAAUCUCUUUGCUUGGAAAAACAUAUGAAGAAGUGCAGAGCAUUGUGGGUCAGCAGAAUGGAGAAGUAGACGUAUGUGUGCGACUAGACUUAAACAUGCUCUCCAACACAGAACAGCCUCAACAACUGGAGCUCCACAAUCAGCUAAGAGCUGGUGAGCGUCAGCGUUCUCCAGGCGUGGACCCAAAGCAGCUGGCGGCGGAGCUGCAGAAGGUGUCUCAACAACAGGGUCCAGCAUCAGUUCUGUCUGCCCUGGAGAGAGCAGGACACCUGCACUCGGGACCCGGAUCUGCUGCAUCCAGUGGAGUCCCCAGUCCCGGGCAGCCUGGCUCCCCAUCCGUCAGCAAGAAACGCCACAGCAGCAAGUCAGCAGAGGCCCUGAAGCCACAACCGCAUCCAAUCACUGGUGACAUACAACUUCAAAUCAACUACGACAGGAAUAUGGGCAAUCUGAUUGUUCACGUGCUACAAGCAAGAAACCUCGCUCCGAGAGAAAACAACGGAUACACAGACCCUUUCGUCAAAGUCUAUCUCUUACCAGGCAGAGGCCAAGUCAUGGUUGUCCAGAACGCAAGUGCUGAGAACAAGAGGAGGACUAAAUAUAUCCAGAAGACCCAGAACCCAGAGUGGAACCAGACAGUCAUUUACAAAAACAUACAUCUGGAGCAGCUGAAGAAGAAGACUCUGGAAGUGACUGUGUGGGAUUAUGACAGAUACUCCUCAAAUGAUUUCCUCGGAGAAGUGCUCAUUGAUCUCUCUAACACGACUCAGCUUGAUAACACACCUCGCUGGCACCCUCUAAAGGAGCAAAGUGAAAGUAUCCACCAUGGAAGAACCCACCCUCCACAGGGGCCCGGCGGCUCAGGGGGCUUUGGAGGUCAGGGUGGCUCUGGAGGUCAGGGAGGCCCUGGAGGACCAGGAGGUUCUGGAGGUCAAGGAGGGCAACCAGGGAACCAGGAGUCCCCUAAAACCUCAGUCAUCAAAAGCCGAAGUCAUGGCAUUUUCCCUGACCCUGCUAAAGAUACACAGGUCCCUACAAUAGAAAAGUCCCACAGUAGUCCCGGCAGCUCCAAAUCCUCCUCUGAGGGUCACUUGCGCUCACAUGGCCCAUCACGAAGCCAAAGCAAAGGCAGCGUCACCCAAGCACACUUGGAGGAGGCCGGAAACGCCAUCGCUGCAGCGGAAGCUGCCGUCCAUCAAUCCCGACUCCAGCCAAAUAAAACCAACCACAGAAUGACGGAUGGAGAAGGAUACACUCUGGACAGUGAAGAUAGCAUGGGGACUAAUGCUUUGGACAGUGCCAUAUUUCAAGUCCCCCAGAUGAAAAACAUCCCGAAUGGAACCGAUAAAACCAGAGGACUUGAAUCUUUAAACUUGCCUGACUCCGAAGGUAAGAUGAUGGGAGAGAUAAAAGUUGCUCUGAAGAAGGAGAUGAAGACUGAAGGAGAGCAGCUGGUUCUUGAGAUCCUGCAGUGCAGAAACAUCACCUAUAAGUUUAAAUCUCCAGACCACCUCCCUGAUCUGUAUGUAAAGCUUUAUGUGGUGAAUGUGGCAACACAAAAGAGGAUCAUAAAGAAGAAGACCAGAGUGUGCCGCCAUGACAGAGAGCCAUCAUUCAACGAGACGUUUCGUUUUAACCUGAAUCCCGUUGGCCAUUCUAUUCAGCUGUUCCUGGUGUCAAAUGGAGGGAAGUUUAUGAAGAAGACCCUGAUCGGCGAGGCCUACAUCUGGCUGGACAAGGUGGACAUGAGAAAGCGGGCGGUCAGCUGGCACAAGCUGGUGCCCACUACCAGUCAGACACAGCCAUAAUCAGACACUCCCAUCAGCGCCCUUCAGGAAAGAGAAACAACACAGGUAUAGAAAUGAAUGUCAGGUGGUGGGAAUGGAAAACCAAGUUAAAGAAACAUCUGAAUGGAUGAAACUGAAAUGUUUAUUUGUGACGUUCUGAAUUUCCAAUCGUUCACUAGGAUUUACAAUAUAAAUCAAUUUCAGAUCACAUGAGUAUCUUUGCAACUACAUCAUACAUCUAAAAUAUCCACUUUUUUUUUUUUACAUUUCACAUUUUCAUUGCAAAAAAAUUUAUUAAAAAUCACAAGUUAGACGUAGCAUAAUAUAUCAUUGUUAACACAAUCAUGAGAUAUAUAUAAUGACCAUAUCAGACUAUGUUAUGCACUGUAUGGAGGUUAUCCCAUAAGACAGAAAGACAAUCGUAAAUAUAACGGAUUUCCCCUCAUAAUGAAUGCAGAGUUCACGAUUCCUCCGUCUGUAAUGUCUUGAGUGUCGUCUUCAGCGUUUGUUUGGCGAUGGAUACACUGAUACCUCACUGAAAUCGAGAUGAUCUGGUUUUCACCUAAUGAUUAAAUGAUGCCGUGCUUUGUUUUCAGCGUCUCGGGAGGUAUCUCUGAGGUUAAAGGGCAUCUAUUUUCGAUUGUUUGUGUCCACGAUGUGUUUGUUUUCUGAACAGCAUCUUGAAGUAAAUGUCCUGUUAGUGGUCAGAUGUCGUCUCUGUUUAGUGACCAAGUUGUGUGUGUGGAAUCCAAAUAUGCAAUGACAAAAAAAAUAUAUAUGAAAAAUAAUAAUUAUGACAAUAAUUAACGUACAUUUGAGUCCUCGUCUGGCUCGAUUGGCUCGACUGAAAUCCAGAUGUGAUGUUUGUUGUUUAUUUGUCCUAUAUGUGUUCUCGGUGGUGCACUUUUUAAUAUUGAUUUCCUGCUGUGAAGUUCAUCUAAAAGGACUUUAUUAUUCAUUAUUAUCACUGCCUCUUUAUUAGCCUGCACCAUAUAAACAUAUUGCAGGUGCCAUUAUUAAAUAAAGGCACGUUUCCUUUGGGUCUUGAAAACACCAGACAGUCAUUUUCUAUCUUAAAAGUCAGUGUUUUUAUUAUCGGUUUAAGUCGGAAACAGAGUGGCUGAUAAACGUACGCCAACGUUUCCAAAUGAUUUCAUCUGCAUCUUGCACAGGUGGUGCACAGAUGUACCUGAAUCUAAAAGGUUGCUGUCGUGGUAAGAUAAAACUAUCGUGUGCCAACCUGAUGUUUUAACCAAAUCCACUGGUUCUGUUUGGGUAAAUCUAUGCAACAUGGAUUAUGUUCUUUGAAUGCAUAUACCUUAACAUGCGACAUCAAGAGAGUGUAUGAAUAUAUGUAUAUCUGUUAAAGAAAAAGAAGAAAAUUCUAUGAAUAUUGUAUAGUGUUUAUUUUUAUUUAUUUAUUUUUUAACUUCCUCUUUAUGGCACAGUACAUAUUGCUCAUAUGCACUUUACGUUAUUGUUUGAUAGGUUUCCAUUUUAUCUUAAAUGUUGAAAUACAUUGGGUUUUCUUGGGGUGGGGAAUAAUAUCUGUGCAGAUCUGAAUCAUAACAAUGCAUAUUUUAUCCUGCGCAUAAUUAUGGCAGCCAAUUUAAAUGUGUAACAAGUGUCAUCAGUUAUCACCUGAAGCAUCGCACAUUUCAAAGUGUGAUUUUGGUUGAGUUUUUCCUUUAAACAAGCACAUUUUAUCACCAUCUCCUCUUUUAUCCUAUUAUUACUUCAUUCCUUUUUGAAAAACCAUCCAGCGUUUGAUGAAUUAAGUUGCUGUAAACAGUGUGAAUGUGAAUUCAGUUGUUUAUUUUUUGAUUUUGUAAAUAUAUAGGAUAUUUUCUACGAGAAGAGGUCUGAAUAUUUAUUUGGUCUGACGUUGAGCAUGUGAUUGUGAUCAAGGUCAAACUCUGUCUGUACAUAUUGUAUUUGUCUAAAUGUGUAAUAUAUAUGGAUUGGUUCAAAAUCAUGUGUUCGAUCAACCCAUUUCCAAUCUGUUUGACAAAAUCAACAACAUCUCUCGGAAUUUAAAAAAAAAAAAAAAAAAAGAAAUCCCCCCUAAAAAAAGACAACAUCAAAAUUUUCUGUCAAAUUGAAUGGUUGUCAAAGAGUUUCUAUGUUUUUACAUAGAUGUUGCAUGUUUUGUUAGAUGUUUGUUGAUAUAUUUUGCCUCCGGAUUCAGUUUAAAAAGAGAGAAAAACUGAACACAUCAUCUGUAAAAAUGCUUGUAAAAUGAGUCUUGUUUUUCACUUCGUGUAAAAAAAAAGUAGAAAAAAAAUCUAAUGUUAUGGUUUUGUGGUUGUCCACAGGAUGUCAUGAAAUUAUGCAAAUUGUGCAGUAGAGAGAAAAAAAAUAUAUGAAAUCUAAGAAAUAAAUAAAAGUUUCUCCCUGCGUCCAAAUAAUAAAGAAUAGAUUCUAUUUCAAAUGUGAAAA